AUGAGUGAUUUCUUAAAUUAUUAGCAAUUCUAUUUAAAUAUAUUUUAUAUAAAUAUACAAUUAAUCAAAACAAAUAUAUAAAUUAGAAUUAAUUUUGCUUAAUGUAAUAGUAGAAAGGCAAAACCUCCUUUUAAAUGGAAUGCUAACGGAAACAUUUCAUAAAGGAUAAACUAUAUCAUCUUCUUUUAGAUGAGAAUUGCAUCAGAAUGUCCGAGGUAAGAUAACAUCCACCUAAAAGAGACAGUCAAUUUUCAAGACUCUAAGUAUCUCCUUGAAUUAAAUUUUGAAAAUUUAAUAUAUUGGAGGACAGAGCACAGUUUAAUAGUUGCAUUUGGUAUCAAGUAUAAUAAAGCACUCAAAUGGUUUCAUGGUAACAGCUCUGAUUUAUUACAUCUGUAUAAAUAAUUAAGUGGAAAGGUGUUCUUUGGGAAUAUUUCAUCAAUUUAUGAGAGCAAAGAAAUAUUAGGUUCUGGAGCCUCAUCAAAAGUAUAUAGAGUAUGUAAUAAACUAACGCAUCGAGAAUUUGCUUCGAAAUGCAUUCGUAAAGACUAUAUUUAUAGGAGAGAAGAUAAAGACAGAUAUGUAACAAUUUAUGUGAUUUAGAAUCGCAUGAUUUAAGAGAUUGAAUUAAUGAGAAAAUUGGACCAUGAAACCAUUGUUAAAAUUAUUGAUAUUUUCGAAGGAGAAAAGUCGUUCUAUAUCAUUCUUGAAUUAUUAUAGGGUGAGUCUCUGCAUUCGUUUUCGAAAAAACACUCAUUAACACUCACAUAGAUUAGAUAGAUAAUAAAUGUAUUAAUUUUUUCAUUUGAUAGAGAUGCUUAUAAGCAUUAUGCUAUUUGGACAUAAAUAACAUAAUUCAUAGAGAUUUGAAAUUGGAAAACCUAGUAUUGAACGAGCAGGGGAAAGUUGAGUCUGUAAAGGUUAUUGAUUUUGGUCUUGCAAUAUACACGUCAUGUCCUUAUAGAUAACUGUGUGGAACUCCUGGAUAUAUAGCUCCAGAGAUGUUUAUUGAAAAAUAUCCAUACACUACUAAAGUAGACAUUUUUAGUUUAGGAGCUAUAUUCUUUAAACUAUUGUGUAAGAAAUCCUUAUUUAGUGGCAAUACAAGUGAUGAGAUAUUAGAAAACAAUAAGAAGUUCUUGUGCAAUAAUUAUUUAAAAAAUUGUUCAGAUGAAACUAUUGAUUUGAUAAAAUAAAUGCUUUAAAGAGAUCCUAAUAAAAGAAUCUCGGCCUCUUAGGCUUUGCAGCAUCCAUUCUUUGGUGAAAAAUUUACUGGUAUUGAUUUUAAAAAGUAUAGGAGAAUAAGGAAUUGCAGAAGAAAGUCCUCAUGAAAUUGUAAGAAUGUUUCCGCUUACGAAACCUAUGUAAGUCAUCAAUUCAAAUGAUAAUAUUCCUGAUAUUAAGAUUUAAGCUAUUCGAGGAAGUUAAUAAAGCUUUGAGCAAAGUUUGGGAUCCAAUUAUUUUCCAUCCUUUGAUGAUGAUAUUAAUCGACUUAGAAAAUAGAGCGAUCAUAUUAUUGAAUGA